CGCGAGUGUAAAGCAGGUUGCUCUCAGCGGCUCCGACACCAGUUUCGACAGAAGCAAGCGACACGAUGAGCGGAAGAGGCAAAGGAGGGAAAGGACUCGGGAAAGGAGGCGCCAAACGGCACCGGAAAGUUCUCCGGGAUAACAUCCAGGGAAUCACCAAACCAGCCAUCCGCCGUCUGGCUCGCCGCGGCGGAGUGAAGCGGAUCUCCGGUCUGAUCUACGAGGAGACUCGCGGUGUGUUGAAGGUGUUCCUGGAGAACGUCAUCCGUGAUGCCGUCACCUACACCGAGCACGCGAAGAGGAAGACGGUGACCGCCAUGGAUGUGGUGUACGCUCUGAAGAGGCAGGGCCGCACUCUGUACGGCUUCGGAGGUUAGACGGACCCCAACACCAAGCAACCAAACAAGCAACGGCUCUUUUAAGGGCCUCCACACUCCUGGACAGCAGGAAUCCUGAUGCUGAGUUAUCACAGGCUGUCUGUGCGAUAAAAUACACUUAGUACGCAUAUUAUAUAUAU